UCCCCACCUUGUCGACAACCCUGUCUGUCUCUGCUAUGAUAUCCACUAGCUUCCAAGGCAGCGUCCUCGUGACACCAUCAGCGGGGCUCAAUGGCGAGUUGUCGAGCAGAUAAACAAGUCGAGGUCACCCGUCCAAUUGGGGAGGGAAAAAAUAGACAGAACCAUCUCUGAGUAGUUUAAUUUUACAGUGACGCUUACGACGCGAAAUAAAUACAGAGUCAUAGACGGAAUGUCUGUCCCGCGGGUCCUCCGUGCUGUUGGGCGGGCCCCCGUCGCCCGGAUCGGGCCCGGCCCCGCUUCGAUACCCACCCAUCUCCGAGCCCGUCCUCCGUCCGUCCUGGCAACCGCCCGGUUCCACACGCUUCCGGCUGUGCGGCGGCAAGACAACGACAGCAGAGCAAACAAUGCGCAAACAACCAUAGAACCUCCUCCCUCCGAGCCUGUAGCCGGCGCGGGGCGGGCCGGGACCCACGUCUUCCCUACGCUGGCGACUUUCUCCUUGCAGGGCAAAGUUGGCGUGGUCACAGGAGGGGCGAGAGGGCUGGGGUUGGUGAUGGGCCAGGGAAUGGUCAUUAGCGGGGCGGAUUUGGCCAUCGUCGACCUCAACAAGGAAGAAGCAGCCCGCCAAGCGCAGAACAUAGUCGACACAUACCGAAGGGACCAUCCCGACGCGAAAAGACUGCCCAAAGUGACAGCCCACUACGCCGAUGUCUCAAAUCCUGCGAGCGUCGACGCCUGCGUCGCCGAGAUUGUCGCAGCGCACGGCAAGAUCGACAACCUCGUAACCUCGGCCGGCUUCACCGAGAACUUUGAGGCUGUCGAGUACCCGGUCGACCGCAUGCGCAAGCUGUGGGCGGUCAAUGUCGAUGGGACCUAUCUGUUUGCCACGGCCGUGGCCCGGCACUUGAUGGAGAGAAAUGCCAAGGGUAGCAUGGUCUUCAUCGGGAGCAUGAGCGGUACCAUUGUGAACGUCCCUCAGCCACAAGCCCCGUACAACGCCUCCAAAGCCGCCGUCCGACACCUCUGCGCCUCGCUGAGCGUCGAGUGGGCUAACGCCGGCAUCCGGGUGAACUGUAUCUCGCCAGGUUACAUGCUUACCGCUCUGACCAAAAAGAUCCUCGACGACAAGCCGGAUCUCAAGAGAGAGUGGACCUCGCGCAUCCCACAGGGACGUAUGGGCUCGCCCGAGGACCUCAUGGGUCCCGUGACAUUCUUGCUCUCGGAUGCGUCCGGAUACGUGACCGGCGCGGAUCUGCGUGUUGACGGUGGCUACACCAUCAUAUAAGCAGCGUUGGGCUUACUACGGCAGUCGAAGAGUGCCAGUUCUGUCUAUUUAAAGACAGAGACCGACGUCCCUGGAAGAUUCUAGCACAGACGUUGUUACAGGAAAGCGCAGCGGUAUAUACGACG